AGUAAUAGAGCUAAAACAGAAUUAUCUUCUCCCAUAAAAUGAGACAGCCAGCUAUUUUAUUGAUAAAAACAAUUUAUUACCCAAUUCUUGUGGCCUUCGGUGUUCCUGCAAACUUGAUGACUCUUGUGCUUCUUGCCAAGGGAAACUGUGGCCUUUCCAAAUGCAUAUCUGUCUACAUGGUGGCCAUGGCAGGAGCGGAUCUAUUGGUGAUGCUUGUCAAUGUGAUGUUAUAUCAUGUUUUCAGCUUUCAUCUCCCGUUUUCAGUACUGGCCCUCACUCCGAUUUGUAAGUUAAUUUUAUAUUUAACCACGGUCGCCAUCGAUUUGUCCAUUUGGUUUACCAUCAGCUUCACAUUUGACAGGCAUUUAAUGGCUAAACAAGCAAUGGUUCCGCACUGUCCUCCACCCAAUGAAUCAGUUUCUCUACAAGUGUGUUUCGCAGUGAAGAUCUGA